AUCUGAAUGCGUGGCGGAAUAGUAGGAUCCCCGAUCAUUGCGUCUCCGAUCGUUGCGGGUGAAGAAGUAAUAGUGGCUAGUCGCAUAUCAUUAUCGCGACGAGACGUCCCUGAUGCGUUUUUCCGGAUUCUUUAGAGAAUUCACGUGCGUGCGGUUGGUGCUUCACACGUUUCGACUUCGAGCCAUCACUAACACACUUCCAAGCGGCAACAAUUCCAACGCUAUUGGCACUCUUGUCCCUCGCGAAAAGUCUCCUUAUCUUAUCGUGAGGCCAUCUGUCGCAACAAUGGACGAAAUUCGCGAACGUUCGCCACUUAAAUCUUCGGAUCUCGAAUCCGAUCGACGUCAAACGAACGCCACGUCAUCAUCGACUAGAAACUGGUCUGCUUGUGCCGUCGAGAGUACCACUGCCACUGCGCUCCCGUGACUCGCGGCGCCACUCACACCAUCUCGGACGGCUCGCAGCAGCAGCAGGGUCAAAGGCACUCCUCCGCGCGCGCUGAUAGCCCACAGCAGCAGCAGCGCGAAGGACGACAAGCGGGAGCGUCAGCAAAGGUCGGUGGGUCGAGCGCAACCCUUGGCAAAACAGAUCGCGGCACAGCGCAGGCGCGCGCGAGUCAGGCGCGAGGCGACCUUAGCGGGAGCGUGGGGAUGUCUUUAAUGGGGACAUCAUCCGCUUUUGAAGGCGGUAAGCAGAUGGAUGGUCAGGAAGGGGGAAGAGGAGGGCGGCUGAGCUUUCAAGAACGGGUUCAGGUGAAUUAUCAGGUGGCGCUUCAUCUAGGGUUUGAUGCAUUGGAGGAGAUUCGGGAGGAGGGGAAGAGGGAGGUGGAGAGGAUAGGAGGGGGGAGGAAACAGCGAGGUGAGGAACGAGCAACUUGUGGCGCCUUCGCCUCUCCAGCAGCAGCCGGCGCAGCAGCAGCCGGCGCAGCAGCAGCCGUCGCAGCAACAACAGGAACAGCAGGAAUAGCAGGAAGGGCAGGAGGCGCAGGAGGCGCAGGAGGAGCAGGAGGCGCAGGAGGAGCAGGAAGAGCAGGAAUAGCAGGAGGAGCAGUCGAAGGAGUAGCAGAGGGAGGAGCAUCGGCAAAAGCAGCAGCGGCAGCAGCGGGGUUGACAUCAGGAGCAGGUGGAGGAACACGCCAGAGUGCACAUCAACAGCAGCAGGACCGGCAGCAGCAGCAGCAGCAGCAGGGGGUGCAGGAGGGGCAGGUGACAGUAGUUCCAGAGGACGCAUGGAGCGACGACGAGGGUGAUAGUGAUGAAGGUGAUAGUAGCGGUGGAGGCAGUGACAGUAACGAGGGCGACACUGGCAGCCUGGACUCUGGUUUCGCCAGCAGCGAAGGGGGGAGGACUUUCGGCAGCACCAGUGUGCACAGCUCCCUUGGGCUCAAUCCCAGCCCCCUUGGAAUGAGCUCGAACCUUCACUUUUAUGGCGCUGCUACUGACGCAAGUCAGAGCUACUUCAGUCCGCAGCUCACAUCUGCAGCAGCAGCGGCGGCUGCAGGUGCUGCUGUCGGUGCUGCGUCCCCCCUCUUUCCAGCCUACAGCCAAUCCCUGCCUCCGUUCCCUGGCCGCCCAGAUUCCCUCAGUGCGCUGGCCUCUCUGUACGACUUUGCCACGGCCAUCCCCACCCCCUCCUCUCCCCCUGACCCCUCUGCUCCUGGGGGGUUUGCUGCUUCGGUUCCCAUGCACCCCUCAACCACGGAAGCACCUGGUGCGCCUGCUUCUGCUGCUGCUGCUGCUGCUGCUGCGCACCUGGGUGUUGGGGAGAGAAUUUCCCUGCCAGGUGUCUGGUCAGGUGAUUCUGCUGCUCCUCCUGGAGCUGGGCCAGGUGCUUUCCCAGGUGCUGCAGCAUUUCUGCCUGGCUCGUCUCCCUCUCCUCCGCCCUUCCCUUCUCCCUCCCUCUCUCUCAUGGAGCCCUCGGGAUGGGCUGUUGAUAAUUUUCGGUCCUUGCUAGAGCAAGCACUGCGAGCACCUGGUGCUGAUAGCAGUUAGAGCAGGUUUCCCUCCUCCGCCCGUCCCUUCUCCCUCCUGCUCCGCCCAUCCCUUCUCUCUCCUCCUCCGCCCGUCCCUUCUCCCUCCUGCUCCGCCCAUGCCUUCUCUCUCCUCCUCCGCCCGUGCCUUCUCCCUCCUGCUCCGCCCAUCCCUUCUCUCUCCUCCUCCGCCCGUCCCUUCUCCCUCCUCCGCCCAUCCCUUCUCCCGCCCUCUCUCUCACUACAAGCACCUGGUGUUGACAGCACUUCCCUGCUCGCUCUCCGCACCUCAGAGCACCUAGUGGUGAGCUGGGUUGUCUCCGCACUUCUCUGCUCCCUCUCCUCCGCCUCCUGUGCUCUAUCUCCUCCUCCCUCCCCUUUCUCUUCACUCCCACUCGUGGAACUGUCAGGGUGGGCUGUUGAUACUUUCUGGUCGCUAUACAGCCUCAGAGCGUGUUCCAAUC